UAGGGGUGCCGUUCGUGGUGACAGGUUUAACAUCAACCAUGUUAUGACCGGCACCAUCAGCAUGUAAACAGAACCUCGUGUGAGGCUGACGGCCGGGGCAGAGGAAGCGACUGGAAAAGACUGAAGGUCCUGGUAGAGUGAACACCUGCAUCCUAACUGCAGAACUUGAGAUACUCACAUCAUCAGAAGAAAAUUUUUAGUCCUGAAGCUAUUACAUUAUGGAUGACUAUAAUGGAUUAGAGAAGACUUUUGUGGAGCAACACAAAAUUCAGCUUGAAUCUUCGGGAGUCCCUCGUUAUUUUUGGCCAACUGUCUUAAGGAAGCUCCAGGGACAAGUGUAUGAUGCUGGAGAAAGUUUUCAGCUCUGCCAGUUAACCUAUGCUGAUGGAGAAAAUGACCAAGGGGAGCCUCUGUGGCAAGUCAUUGUUACUAAACCAGAUGGAAUCAAGGCCACAGAUCCAGAAAACAUAUUCCUGAUUGAUCAUGCUUGGACUUACCGAGCACAUGAAGCAAGGCAAUACUUGAGAGACAUUCCUGGUUUACUAGAAAGAAUGGUAGCUCUGAUGGUCAUCCCACGUGAGAAUAACAACCGAGAACAGUUUAUAGAAAAGGUGCUUCAAGAGAUGUGGAAGUUUAAUGGAACAUAUAGCCUUGGGGGAAAAACACCAGAAGAGCGUCUCCCCGUUUGGUUUAUCAUGGAUGAGUUUGGAUCUCGUAUUCAACACUGUGGUGAACCAAACUUCCGUGUUAUCCCAUUCUAUUAUGCCCCUCAUCAGUGCUGUUAUUCUCUCCUAUUCCCUAUUGAGGAUGUGGAAGAAGGAGAUGAAGUAACAAGAAACUUCGUGGAGACUCCCCCUGUUGACACAAUAACUCGUGAUGCUCAGAUGCUUCCUUGGUUCCCAGAGGAGCUGUCUCAUGUCGAUCCUCAGCAGACAGAACCUCUGCCAGAAUUUUUUCAAUGUGGACGCAUGAACGAGACUCUCCCAGACUGUAAUACGGAGGCUGCUGAUUUACCCACUGAUCGACCACUUCAUGUCUAUGCUGAGUAUGAGUGUGUCCGCGAAUACUUAACUGAUACACGUUUUGUUGUGGUGGAUUUCAAGGAGGAAGCAGACAUCUUGUGGAUGGUUGAACACUUCAAGGACUUCAGGAGUCUUCGAGAUAAACCACAUUGCCGGGUAAAUCAAUAUUUAUGUGAACACUUGAUAACAGUCAAGGACCUGCUGGCUGUUGUUUGUCGUCGCAGUGUUGACUCAAGAAUAGGAAAAGAAGAGGAUGAUGCGACUGGUCCCUCUUGGUUACCUCUCACUUAUUGUUUGAAGAGAGAGCUAGUAAAAUUUGUUUCGUUGUUUCAGAGAAAAGAAAAGAGAGGAAAAGACAACCACUGGAUCAUAAAACCAUGGAACCUGGCACGUGGCCUGGACCACACCAUUACAAAUAAUCUAAAUCACAUCAUUCGUCUCCCAUCUACAGGCCCAAAGAUUGCCCAAAAGUACAUAUCCAAUCCUGUUUUAUUUCAUCGAGAAGACAUUGAUGCUGAUGUCAAGUUUGACAUUCGGUACAUUGUGAUGCUACUCAGUGUGGAGCCUCUAAAGGUGGCUGUAUAUAAAAGGUUUUGGAUUCGCUUUGCUAAUCAGGCUUUUGACCUGACAGAGCUGGACAACAACCAGAAGCACUUUACUGUAAACAAUUAUAAUGAUGCAUUCCUUCUACAGAUGUACUGCCAUGAUUUUAUCUGCAAGUUUAAUAGCCAGUUCCCAGAGCAACCUUGGCAGACAUCAGAGGAGCAGAUCUACAACAUGAUCCAUCAGGUAUUCAAGUGUGCAACUGCCAAAGAUCAUCCACAAGGCAUUCCACAUAACCCACAAUGUAAAGGAUUUUAUGGGUUUGAUGUUAUGUUGGAAUGGACAAGUAAAGAAGGAAAAGAAGUUAUGCAGCCACAGCUACUUGAAGUCAACUUUAAUUCAGAUUGUAAACGUGCCUGUGAAUAUUAUCCAGAGUUCUUCAAUGAUAUUUUCUCAGUAAUGUUUCUUGAUGAAGUAGAAGGACACAAUGUUGCCAUUCUUCAGUAAAAUUGUUUAUCAACAAUCUACUCAGUCACCAGCAGAGUGAUAAGGUUCUUGUAUACUGUAAGGAUAUGAUGACAAAGUUUUGUUUUAGGAAAGUGCGGACAAAAGUUGUGUUGCGUGUCAGCACGGAGUACUGUAUAUUCAAGCUAGAGUAAUGCAGCUGAUUGCCUUUGAAUAUGUUGUGAUCUACAAAUGCAUGGAACUUGCAUGUUUGUUUGAAUGAAGCAUAAUAUUAAAGUUUACUAAUUUUUGAAAAGUUUUUGUUAUCUGUUGGUAAACCUUUGUUUCGAAUGACCAUAUUUUUAUUUAUACAGUAUAUUUAAUAAAACACAUUGGUGUUUAUAGUACAGUUUCUUCCAGGUGUGAUGGUGCCCCAACGUGCCUUCCUUGCUCUUGUGGCAAUAUCGCAUUACUCAUGUGGCUAGGGAAUUGAUUGAUAGGUUCUGUUUCCAAGUGGAGUAUAUGGGGUCCCCGAGUUACGAAUGGCCUCCGUUCCUGGGGACAUUCGUAAGUCGGAUUUGUACAUAAGUCGGAACACAUGCUAUUGGCAUACCGUAUACAGAACAAUGUUUAAAAUCCUACUAUAUUAUAGCCUAAGUUUUUAUAUAUAUAUCUAAAAUUAUUUAAUUUAAGAGAAAGGAAGAAAUAGAAUGAAAAAUACAGUAAAUGAAAGUAAAAAAAUAAGUAAUCAGGUAAAUAAAUUACUGUACUGUAAAUUUCAAGUAUAACCUCGUUCGUGUCGGCAGGCGUUCAUAAGUUGGGGACCCUCUGUACUUGGUUUUGCUAGUAUACUAUUUGUAUAUUAAUAUUCAAAAUAACAAUAUUCAAUGGAAAUAAUACAUAGUUUGUUUUUUGUACCAUGAUAUAUGAUGUUACUUAUAAAUAAAGAAGCCUUUGAGGAAAAGGAGUCGUGCAACAUUGCCACAAGAGCAAGGAAGGCACCAUUGAGGGGUAACAUCACAUCUGGAGGCGACUGUACAUAUUAAUUAUUACUUCACUUUCAUGGUGUGUGGUGUCUGCAGAAACAAUGUAAUAUAAUUGCAUAAUCUUAUAAGUGACUACAGUAGACUCUCAAUUAUCUACAGAUAAGGGCUGUAAUGAUAUCCACAUCUUUUUCCCCUUUUUAUAAGCAGCUUUCAUUUUAUCCUUAAGUCUUUGACUUUGUAGUGUUUCAAGCACUAGUGAAUUCUCUAGAAGUACCUGUACUGGUGCUUUUGAGAAACAAAAUACCAGCUAUUAUUAUUAUUAUUCUAAGCUUAUUAUUUCUGGUCCCAAGCUUGCUGGAUAAUUGAUAUACUACAUGUAUAUAUUUGAGAAAAUGGUGAGUGUAAAGAGCCUGCUAACCUGAAUUACAUGUAAUCCAUUGUGAAUUGCUAAUACAAGUAUCCUUCAUUAUGUGAAUGGGUUAGGUUUCUUGAAAACCAUUUGUUAAGUGAAUAUUCAGACAUCAAAUAAUAUAACAUAUGGGAAAAAAUAGGAUUUGGUUCCCCAAUGACAAGAAAACCUCGAUAUUGUACUGUACCUAGAAGAAAUGAAAUAGGUUCAUGGGCAAUGAAAAACCUACCUAACUACUGUAAAUUAUCACCUAGCACAUUAAGAAAUUAAUGAAUUAUAAAUUUGGUACAUUUCCUUCAAGGACCAUAGCUUUUGUGGUAAGAAAGAGGUGUAAGAAUAGAAUUCGUAUAAAUGAAUAUUUGCAGAGCGAACGUUAGUGUAGCAAGUGAUCCCUGUAGUUGACAAUAUACAAAAGUGCCAAGAUAACCAAAAACUGCAGAUAAUUAAUAUUUCAGUUAUUUAAUAUACACAUAAUUGAGAGUCUACUUUAUAUUAAUCAAUAUUCGAUUAUUAAUUAACUUGAUAACCGGUAAUGGUUAGUCUAUAUGUGAAGUUAUAAUGUGAAUGUGUUGUAAGGGUAAGGUAGGCUCCUUCUUGUCAUGUAGAGGAAGGUAUCCAUAUGUCCAAGAUGUAUGGAGAUUACAGUGGUUGGUGAUCCUGUUAGCUCGAACUGUAAGGAACACUAAUGAACAAUGUUUCUUGAUGAAGUGGAACAACUCAAUUGUGUCUUAUAUCAACUUAUUUAUUCACCAAUAGGGUAAUACAGGUUCUUGUAAACUGUCAAAGUUUAACAAGAAAGUUGUUAUUUUAGGAAAGUGAGGACCAAGUUGUAUUGCUUUUAAGCAUUAUGUAUAUUUAAGCUAAAUUAAUGUAGCAGAAUUGCCUUUGAAAAACUUCUGGCCAUUAAUGCAUGGGAAGUCGCAAUUUUAAAUCUUUGUAUAUUACUGUUUAUUUAAUUUAUUGAUUUAUAAGUUAUUAUUAUUUUAUGGUAAAUCUUCAUGCCUUAGAUUGAAAGUAAAAGUGUGUCUCAUUAUGUAUUUAAUUAAAAAUUAUUUACAAUAUGAUGUGUUAUUUGUUAUUACAGUUGUAUACAGUACAGUACUGUUUUUGUUUUUUGUGCAGAACAGCAUAAUAUCAUAUGCAUAAAUGUGAAAUUAUUAGAAUGUAUGAUUUAUUAACUUGAUAAUAGGUAAAGACUAGUCUGUAUUUGACAUUUUAUUGUUUGUGCAUGUUGUUGGGAAAAGAGAGGCUCCUUUGUCAUGAAGAAGACAUCUUUUGUGACCAUAUAUUAAGUGACUUUAUGAUGUGAUUGAUGAUCCAGAUAGCUAGAACUCUAAGGAAUAGUUCAUAUCUCAUUGAAAAAAUAUUUUUCUUAAUAUGUUGCUCAAAUUUCCUGAAUGUUUUCUUACAUAUGUGACUUACAAAUGUAUUGACAACAUUUUAACAUCAACUUAAAGAUCACUGCCUAAUGUUGUGGAUAUUUUCUUGAAGUGUGCAAUAUUUAUUUUGUGAAAAUUGUUGAAAUUCUUUCAUAGUGUAUGUAUAAGUAACAUUAAGGUUACAAGGUUUAUAACCAGCUGUGAAAUGUUAUUACUGUACAUGUUAAUCAUAGUUUUAUGUCAAGUGUAAAGUUUGUAAUUUUAAAUUAUUAUGACAAUACUUUACAUACUUUGAAAAGAAUGAUAUCAAUGCCAAUAAUACUCAAAUGAUACAUUUUGCUUCAUUGCAAGGUA